UGAUGCACAGAAUCUUGCACGGAAUCCGGCGGGGGAGGUGCUGAGCGCGCGGGGAAGUGCGAGGAGAGGAGAGCAGAGCAGAGCAGAGCAGAGCAGAGCAGGAGAGUAGAGGAAGGGCGUACAAGGAGGAAACAAAACAAAAAGGGAGGAAGACAAGUUUUCAGAACGAGAGUUGAGAGGUGAAGCAGUGGUGAGGGACGACGCUGUCGAGAGCUUGUAAGGGACGCGAACGGAGAUUGCAUCGAUCAACUGGUUGACAACGAUGUUUCGUGCUCGUGGGAAGAAGGCAAAGGCCGUUGAGACACACAAGGAUGUGACUCGAGUCAUCAGAGAGAACAAGAUCAAGUCAAGAUCGUCACUGGCGACUUGGCUGUUUCUUGUUCUCUUGUUCGCAUCCUCGAUCGUGGUUGUCUUCGUUGCCGACAAGAUGCAGUCAGAGUACUUCAACGAAGACAACGAAUCUCCCGAUGGCUUCAACCGGACAUAUGCUGUAAAGAGCAUGGAGCAUAUCAAACAGCUAUCUGCCAUUGGCGUGAGGAUGAUAGGAAGCUUGCAGAACGAGAAGGUUGCGAGGGACUACUUGGUCCAAUCGCUGCUUGCGAUCCGAGCCAACUCCAACAGCUCGAUGCUGGUAGAAGUUGCGACUCAGCAAACGAGUGGGAGGUUCGAUACAGAUUUCCUUGGAGGACUGAAGAACGUCUACAGCAACGUCACUAACGUCCUUUGCCGAAUUUCUCCCAGGGCGGACAAAAUGUCCCGAGCGCAUUCGCUCCUCCUGAAUUCUCACUUUGACACGUCGAUUGGAACAAGAGGAGCGGGGGAUGAUUUGUCGCAGGUUGGCGUCAUGCUCGGUCUAGCAGAGCUCGUCGCCUCGGGCAGGCAUUCCAUGUCCCAUGCUCUUCUCUUUCUCUUCAACGGCGCCGAGGAGUCGAACUGGCUCGCAGCACAUGGUUUUAUUGUCAACAGCUCUCCAAUCUCCUACGAGACUCCGAGCAGAGAAGCUGAAGAGUUUACUAACUGGGCUGAUAGCGUAAAAGCGGUGAUCAACCUUGAAGCUAUCGGGUCCGGAGGGAGAGAGCUAUUGACAAGAACGACGUCGAAGGCUUCUCCGCUUAUCAACGCUUACAAGGAUCUUGUAGGAAAUGUGAUAGCAGAUGAAAUCUUCCGCUCGAAGAUUUUCCCGGGUGAAACAGACCUGAGUGUUUUCAGAGACUUUGGCAAGAUACCGGGUUUGGACAUCAUCUUCGUGGAGAAUGGGUACGGCUACCAUGCCGCUGAAGACAAGCUUGAACGGCUGAAGGAGUACAACCUUGGUCGCGAAGGCAAGCAUUUGUAUCGGCUCUGCAUGAACCUGGCCAACACAAAGGACCUUGCAACCCUGCAAAAGUUGAAUGGGACGGAGCACAACAAAAAUGACGAUGUCUUCUUUGAUUUCCUGGGUGUUCACUUGUUCUGGUAUUCUGCGGAUUUCGCUUUUUUCCUCAACAUCGGAGUUGCUGCCUCGAUGCUUCUGUGGAUCCUUGAUAAACGGGGGUCGUUGUUCUUGCUCCGCCAUGUUGGGAAUGCGAUGGUGCGAUUCAUCGUCAUCAUCUUUGCCUCGGUCGUGAUAGGAGUUGUCAUGAUGUCCUGGUCGCCGCUUUCAUGGUACAGCGAUCCCCAACACGCAAUGCUCCUCUUCCUCCCUCCUGCUCUGGCAUCUGCUCUCCUCGUUCACUCGAUGGCAAACAGCGCUUCCUCCUCCAUCUUGGGCGGAGCAGCUUUCUUGUCUAUCGGUCAAGCAGCGAUGACAUUGCUCGAUUUCAAUGUUUCUUUCUUUCUUCUCUUUACCGUCUGCUGCCUUCCUCCCGUUCUCUACUGGGUUGAGGUGAUGCGAACUGUUCUUGCCAUUUUCCUCCCUGUCAUGGGAAGAUGUGGCAUGAUCUUGAAGCCCGACGUCUUCAUCUCUGCCAUCGUUGGCUUCUUUGUAGCUAUCUUGACAUUAAUCCCAUGCUCGGCUCUUGGUGGGCUGCGAUCUUCUCCCAAGCAAACCCGGCUCAUCGGCCUCGUCCUUCUCCUCUUCACUGGCUAUCAAGUCAUAGUCAGCAAGGAGAAGAGUCCCUACUCUCGGGAGCGACCGAAAAGACUUUUCGUGCAGCAUGUUGAGAGAAGGGCUCCCCCCAUCAGUGAAUCACGGAAGCUGAAAGUCACGGUCACCAAGGAGACGGGGAGCUCUCAAGGGAGGAAGUUUUCCCUGUCCCUCGACGGCCCAUCGCACAUGGCGCUCAUAAUCCAUGAUCCCAACCAUCAGAUCUCAGCAUGGAACUUGAACACACUCUCAACCGAUGCCGGGAGCAACGAGGUCGCGACUAGGCGAAAGGACAGCUCCUACUUCAUCUACUUCGCCAGCGGACUUGCCGCUCCUUCCACCGGGCUCCAUCCUUGGCGCAUCUGGGUGGAGGUUCGAGGGGAGGCUGCGGUCCAUGUAGCAGCCUUUGGUCACUACCUGCUGUUUGACAACAACGGUGAAACAGAUCUGUCAGGCUGCAGCUUCAGCGAGGAAGCGAGCAACUUUGCAUCCUUGCUGCCCCACUACCUCAAGCCCAUCUGCUUCUACGACGUGCUCUACAACUUCACGCUGUAA